AUGCCUAUGGUAACUCAGAGUGACCCUGAAUCCAAGAAUUUUGGAAUUGCCAAUGCACAUACUAUGCUUCGCCAGUGGUAUGAUCCUGCCCUGCAGGGUACUCUGCAACACCGCUGGAUGCAGAGAUGCAUUUUUGAUGGGUGUUUAUACUCUGGUUACAGCAAGAAUUGGAUGCAUACCAGGACCAACUCAACAACACUACUAAAAGAGAAUUUCAGUGUAUUGGACUUCAAAAUCAACAAGGUGGAGCACAAAGCACUGGAUCAUGUGUGCGACAUAUACAUCAAUCCAUCUCAUGUCAUCUUCAAUCUUAUUCCACAGCCAUUUGGUGACUGUGUCCAGUGCUGUUACAAUGAACUAGGAUUUCCAUUAGUUAUAAGGCACACUGUCUGA